AUGCCGCCUCAAAAUAAGGCGGAGGAGGCAGCGGUCUGCUCCGAUGACAACAUCCAAGUUGCCAAGUUCGCGAAUGGAGGCUGUUGUUUUUGGAUGCCUUGUAACUCUGCCGUCGGGCCAAUCUGGUGGCAGCAUUUAGCGGUGUACAACAACGACAUCGACUCCGAAUCAUCCAUGCCAUCAAGCGACAACGAGGCAUGGUGGACGCGAGGGUGGAGGAGAUUCCGAGAAUGGUCGGAGUUGGUGGCCGGCCCGAAAUGGAAGACGUUUGUGCGACGGUUCAAAAAUAACAGAACCGGUAAUGGAGGAGGGAAAUUCCAUUACGAUCCGUUGAGUUACGCCCUUAAUUUCGACGAAGGGCCGGGAGGAAACGGCAACUACGACGAUGAUUAUUUCAAGAGAAACUUCUCUUACAGGUACGCCACGUUACCUCUCUCCACCAAACCCUCCUUGGAUUUCGACAAAGAAGAGCCGUUACUCGUUUGA